AUGUUUUCGCGCAUCCGUGGAGCGAUCGACCGGACUAUUGCCGAAGAGCAGGCGCGUCAGAAGGAUCAAACGUCCCAAGGCGUCUCUCGAUCCGGUUCGACUUCGUCGCGAACGAGCGCCAGCGGUGCGAAACGUCCGAAGCCAAAGUCCGCGAGCAACGACGCCAGCAAAGCGGACGAUGCGCCCAACCCUGACCCUGCAGUCUUUGAGGCAGCAUUUGUCAUUGAUGAUAGCGACGACCCGAGUCGCGCGGGGACACCGAAGCCACAGACGAGCGAGGCGGGCGGAAAUGGCUUGGAUAGCGUGAAGGACGAUGGCGAAGAGGAGAAGGCUGCUGAGGGAGCAGAUGGCAAGGCUCAAGAUGACAGCGAGAAAAAGGAGGGGGAGAAAGACGAGAGCGCAAAGGCACAGUCAAAGGCAGCCGACACUGCUGCCGCGCCCUCGACGGAGCUACCUCCAGACAUCAAGCAGAAACUACGAAAGCUCGAGAAGCUGGAAGCCACCUAUCCAGAACUGCUACGAUCGUACCGCGUUGCGCAUCGUCGCGCGACCGCCAUUGAGCCGUUCGAGAGGGCGCUUCGUGAGAACACGCCCUUGACUUCCAUUGGCGAUCCAAACGCUCUGACUGAGUAUCUCAACCAACUGAACUUACGGAGCGACAUGGUUAUGCAAGAACUGAAGCGGGUGUCAGCAGAGAAUGAUGAGCUCAAAAAGUCACACGAACAAGACGAGGAGAAGAUCAAGAAGCUGGAGGCUGAUCUGGAAGCGGCAAAGGGCGGGAAGCCUGUCGAAGAGACUGGCGAGCCUCAGGUCGAAGCUCCGCGACAAUCCGUGGAUGACAAGGCGGUUGCGCCCGAAAAGGUCAGAUCGCCCGUGCUUUCCGUCAUGGGCAUGUUCUCUCCUAAGCAGAAGGCUGCCCAGCAGGAGGCUACGAAGGGAGACGGUGAUCUCUUCUCCUACGAUGAAGAGCUCCCGCAACUACAGGCAGACUUGGCUUCUAGGGACGAGGAGAUUCAGACUUUGCGCAAGGAGGUGGACGGUCUCAAGGGUGAGCUGUCUGUUGCCAAGGAGAGCAGCACAGAACUGGCGAACAACUUGGAAAAGGUGGAGAAGGAACUUACCGGAUCCAAGGAUGCUGCUAGCUCGCGAGAAAGCUUGCAAAAGGAACUCGAGGCGCGAAACAGCGAAAUUGCCAGGUUGAACGAGCGCUUGGAAGCCUCGCAAUCGCAAAUCAAGGCAUUGGAAGCAGACCUGGCAUCCGAGACCAAAGCUCUGUCCGCCAAGGUGAAGGAAGUCGAGGCGUCGCUGGCUACGCAAACAAAGCAGGUUGCCGACUCGGAGGCUGAGGUGACCAAGGCGAACCAGGCGAAGACAGUCACCAAGAAACUGAUUGACGACCUCAACACCCAGAUCAAGAGCCUCGAAAAGGAAAAGACCGAAAGUGAGAGGAAGAUCACUGAGCUGGCCAAGAAGCUCGAGAGCCAGCCCGAGACUGCGUCCAAGCCUGUCGAGCCAGCCGCAGCAUCCAAACCAGCGGCUCUUGCGGCUCCGGCUGCUGGCGGUGGAAACAGUAAGAAGAAGAACAAGAAGAAGAAGGGCAAGGGUGGCGCUGUAGCUGGGGGACAGCAGGCCGAGGAAGUGUCCGAGGCCCCCGAGCCGGCAGCCGCCGCUGCUGAAGCUGUCGACAGCGGUGCUCUGGAGGCUGAGAUUGCGAAACUGAAAGACGACGUGUCAGAGAAGGAUGCGCAGAUCGAGAGGCUGUCCAAACAGCGCAAGACGGAGGAGGACCUCAGCGAGGAAAUCGAGUCUCUUCGAGACGACCUCCUAAACAUUGGACAGGAUCACGUUCAAGCCAAGGAGAAGAUCAAGACGCUUGAAGCCGAGAAGGCAGAGCUCAAGGGAGAAAUUGCCGACCUCGAGAAGAAGAUGAGCACGUCUGCUGCCUCUGAUGUCAAGGCCAACCAACACAAGGAAGAAAUGGAGAAGCUCCAAAGGGAGUAUGACGAUCUCAAGGAGAAGUCGUCGACGCUGCAAUCUGAUCUCGGUGCGGCGCAGCAGUUGGCGCAAACUCGCUUUAAAGACUUGAGUGAUCUGCGCGAAGUGCUGCAAAAGGCGCAGCCGGAGCUGAAAACGCUACGACAGGAGUCUGCUACCCUGAAGACGACAAAGGAAGAGCUGGCGACCAAGUCGAAGGAGCUAAAGGACGCAGAGAAGAAGGAGAAGGAUCUCAAGCGGGAUCUGACGCGAGCGCAACAGCAGGCCUCGGAGCGUGAGACCGAGGUCCAGAGCCUGCAGCAGAAGCUCACGGCUGAAGGUACCGCCAAAGCCCGCCUGGAGGAUGAGAAGCGUGCCGCGGGGCGUGACCUCCGCAAGGUCGAAGGGGAGAAAGCAGAGCUUGCCACACGCGCAGAGGCCGCCGAGAAGGAACUAGCCAAGGUGCAAGAAGAGGUCAACCAGCUGCGACCUCGGGUGAAGGAGCUCGAGGAGCAGAUGCACAAGCUACGCAGGGAGAAGACGGCGGCGCAGGAGGAAGUCGACUUUAAGACGCAGCAGUACUCAAAUGCUCAGGGGUUGCUGAGCAGCAUGCGAGACCAGACAACGGAAAUGUCGGUGCAGCUGAAGGAGUCCAAGUCGCAGUCCGAGGCCCUAGAGGAGGAGCUGGCCGAAGUGCAGCGUCUGCUCCAGGAGCGUAGCCGCGAGGGCGAGACGAUGAGACGUCUGCUCGCCGACGUGGACGAGCGUGCGGACGCCAAGGUCCGGGACAUGCGAUCGCGGAUGGAAUCUGCCAUCGAAGAGAGAGACCGCAUCGAGGACGAGUCGAGCACCCUGGCCAGACGCAAGGCUCGGGAGACGGAAGAGCUCAAGGGUAAGAUCCGUGAGAUGGAGCGCGAGGUCAAGACCCUGACCCGCGAGCGCGAGGAGCUCGAGGAGAGGGAGAAGGAGUGGCGUCGCCGACGAGAGGAGCUGGAGAGCGUGGAAGAGAAGGCCGAGGCGGAGACGGCCGAGAUGCGCUCCACCGUCACGCAACUUCGGAGUGCCCUGGACGCGAGCGAAAGCCAAGUGCGCGACGCUGAGAAGCAGCGCACCGAGCUGAGGAAACUCCUCGACGAGGCGCGGCAGCGUUACGAGCGCACGCACAAGGAGCUCAAGGGGACACAGGCACGUCUCAUGGCCGGCGCCGGGUCCAGUCGAAGCUCAAUCGACUCGAGCAGGAGCGGACUGACGGCGAACGGGGGAGGCAACUCGUCGCCGGGCGGGGCCGACUUGAUGUACCUGAAGACGAUUCUCCUCCAGUUCCUGGAGCAGAAGGACGGGAAGCUGAGAGCGCAACUGGUGCCUGUCCUCGGCAAGCUUCUCAAGUUUGACAAAACGGAUGAGGCGAAAUGGCAAAGUGCUGUGCAGCAUAUUGAGGGUGAUCUCUCCAAGAUCCGACAGCCUCGCGUCAUCGCCGAGGUCGUUGGCGGCAUCAUCCUUGGUCCUUCGGUCAUGGGUCGCAUCCCAGGGUUCCAAGACAGUAUCUUCCCGCCAGACUCCAUCCCGGGACUGACUCUUGUGGCCAACCUUGGCUUGGUGCUCUACCUGUUCCUGAUUGGUCUCGAGACGGAUGUGCGCUUUCUCAUCAACAACUGGCGUGUCGCGUCCGCCGUCGCUUUUGCUGGUUUGGCACUGCCGUUUGCCCUUGGGUCCGUGCUGGCUUUGGGGCUGUACAACCAGUUUCGCGAUGAGCCAGGCGUCGCAAACGACGUGAUCGGUUGGAUCCUGGUCGCGCUCUGUGUCACACUCGCCAACUCGGGUAACGGCCUGUCCUCGCCAUGGAUUCUUCUCGCAUGCCUUGGGCACCUGCUGUUCCUCCUCUAUGACGUCCAGCCGGCCUUGCGCGGGCUUCUGCGACGUACUGGCAACAUCGACAACGGCCCCUCGCGGAGCAUGAUCGCCCUGAUCAUUCUGAUUGCACUGGCCUCGGCCUUUUUCACCGCCAUCAUCGGCGGGUUUGCCAUCAAGGCCACGGAGAAGCUGGAGGAUCUCAUCGGCGCGCUGAUCCUCAGCACCCGAACAUUUACCAUCUUUGUCGUCAUGACGCUGCUGACAACAUUUGCCACGACGCCCUUGGUCACUUAUCUCUAUUCUCCGUGGUACCAGAAGAAGCUUGCGGCAUGGAAGCGUGGCGAAAUCAGCUGGGAUGACAGUUCGACGGCCCAGGAUGGUAAAAGCGUUGCGCAGCAGAAUUUGCCGGCGAGCAACCACGUUGGGCAGGUACCCGUCUACCUACGUCUUGAUACCAUGCCCAGUCUGCUCAGCCUCGUCUCGCUCUUUGGGAUGACCGCCGACUCUGCUGGUGGCACUGGCUUGAACGAGAAGUCCCCUCACCAUACUCCUCCGGUAGUGUGCCCUGUCCGAGCCCAUGGUCUGCGUCUCAUUCAGCUCGGUGACCGCGACUCCUCUGUCAUGUCCGUCUCAGACGUCGACGAGUACACCAAAAGCGAUACGGUCGUCAACACAUGGCGCACCGUUGGGCCGAUCCUCAAGGUGGUCGUGUCGGGUGAGCCCGCUGACGCGCGCGCCUACUCGUUCAACGACAUCCACCGUAAGAUACAGCCAAUCCCUGUCAAACACCACGCGCAGCGCAUCGUAUUCCAAUUCUCGCCCAGAAAUGACGCUGCGGAGGAGCUCGUCGUGUCUGCCAUGGGGCCCCUGUGCGAGGACUCGGGGGAUGUAUCCUACAACAACCUCAUCGUCCUCGGACGGCAUGGAUCCUCCGGGAAGCUGUCGCGCGGCGGCAAGUACACCGUGUCGGCAUCGCCUGCUCUGGUGGAGUGUCUGGGGGAUGCCGACACGGUGUACUGA